CCAAAGCAGUAGAAAUACGUACAUAUAUUAUUUAACGUUACAGUCAGAGAGGAUCUGCCUGUAGAAUAAUUGCAAAGGGACUUGUUGUAUGAUACAAAAGGAAAUUUGACAUUUACAGCCCAACAUGUUUGAUUUAGGAUUGCAAACAUUUUGUACAUCUGUGGUUUUGACAAUUGUCAAAAUUAAGCAUACUGCAGCAUUUCAAUAUGGAUGUGGAACGUCAUUUGAACGAGACAUGGUGUACGAUAGCACUGUUCCGAACGAUGAAUAUUUCUACAUUAACUCUUUCACUGGACUCGAUAUAAUCAGAUGUUUUUCGAUCUGCCACCGUGAGCGCCCCAAUUGUGUAGGACUUUUGUACAAUGGAGAGCAAAUGAAAUGCAAAUUGCUACAGCGCAACCUGAAUGAGACCAAUAAGGACGUCAAUGCCACAAAGGAUGAGUGGGAAUAUUUUCGCAAAAUUCGAAGAACGGGAGAAUGUUGUGAGGAUGACUGGACUCCGUAUAUAAAUCUUUGCUACCGUUACAGCAACACCAAACUUUCCUGGGACGACGCCAAGACUGCAUGUGAAGAUCAAAACGCCUACCUUGUUCAGUUGGAGACGGCGGAGGAAACUUCUUGGCUAUUGACAACUAUGUUACCAAACGUCGGAAUACUAGCAAGGGAUCUUCUUACAUGACCUAAUGGUGGAUCUUCAUCCAUGACAUCUGUAAAGGAAAGCUGAAUCAUCCAGAUAAUAGACUUUGCAGUUUAAAGGUCAAGGUCACAAUCAUAUAGAGGAAAUGUUUACUCCUAACCGUAGCAAUGAAUAUUCUUUUCUGCACAUCUUUUGUUUGAUCAGGUUUAUAUCUCUUAACACAGGACGACCAAUUUGUGAUGGAUAUAAUUUUGUACCAUGUAUCUGGUACACGGUAUUAAUGAGAAUGAGAUCAUUUAUAGAACUGGUGAACCCUUUUGAUCACCCUACUUGGGUAGGAGCAACAGAUCGAGAAGUUGAGGGAACUUUUAAGUGGAUUGUUGGUUAUGGUGACAUCACUUCGCUACCUUGGUACGGAGGACAACCUGACAAUGCCCAUGGCGGACAGGACUGUCUCACUGUCAUGCGCAGUGCACAGUUUGAUGACUUCAUGUGUGCUCAUGGACUGGUUUUCGUGUGCGAGAAGCAACAACCGAUUUGAUAAUCCCGAUUUAUCAAUAGAAAUAAGAAUGUGUUUUACAGAAACAUCCGGUCUUAACUACUCCUGGGGACCUGAUCCCACCUCUGGUGUGUCAAUGGGUCCGUUUUUCCUCCACUCUUUAUUUUGUAUUCGUUAUAAGCGUUAUGAGAUUGAUUGCUGUUAGUUAUAUUCACCUUUCAUAUGAGUAUUAAAAGCGGCAUGCGGAUGAUGUAAAUUCCAUUUUUCCAUCUUUAAAGUUUAAAAUCCUUAACUAAGGUAUUGAUAGUGGUAAGCAAACUUUGAAUGUCUGUGAUUUACAAGAAAGACACAUAUCUCACAAGCCUUUGUUAUCUAAACAUUGUUCGUGUCUUGCUUUUGUUUAUAUAGGUCAUGUGUACUAGUAAAAGUUUCCU